GAAGUGACUGUGACCAAGGCUGCGCGCAGGGCCUGAGUGGCAGAGUCCCCGCGAGGGCGCUGGCCGAGGGACUUACAGGAUGUAGCUGGUCCCGCACAUCAGCUUCUAGCAACCAGGAUUUGCUUUCCGCUUGCCCGGGAUUGAGGAACCCACGACGGAGUUAUCCGAAGCGGAGAAAAUUUGUUCCGGAUUGAGUUUCAAAGCAAGCCACUGGUUUCUCCUGGUUAAGAUAAAGAGCUCUAAGUGUUUAACAGUGAGAAUGGCAUAAACCGCAUUCACAUCCCACAACGUGAAGGCAUGACAGUUAAGGAAGACACAUGGACUUGUGGCACAUGGAAAUGUGUGCACAGAAAAAGGAAAUCUAUCAGUCUUUAAAAAUAGGAAGGAAUCCUUCCACACCAAAAUGGGUACAUACUGCUCGGUUAUCAAGUUUGAAAAUCUCCAAGAAUUAAAGAGACUGUGUCACUGGGGUCCCAUCAUAGCCCUUGGUGUUAUAGCAAUAUGUUCUACAGUGGCCAUGAUUGACUCUGUAUUGUGGUAUUGGCCCUUACAUACAACUGGAGGAAGUGUGAAUUUCAUCAUGUUGAUAAAUUGGACAAUCAUGAUUCUUUAUAAUUACUUCAAUGCCAUGUUUGUGGGGCCUGGCUUUGUCCCACUGGGGUGGAAACCGGAAAAUUCUCAGGAUAGUAUGUAUCUCCAGUAUUGCAAAGUCUGCCAAGCGUACAAGGCACCUCGUUCGCAUCACUGCAGAAAGUGCAACAGAUGUGUGAUGAAGAUGGACCAUCACUGUCCUUGGAUCAACAACUGUUGUGGCUACCAAAAUCAUGCUUCGUUCACACUGUUUCUCCUUUUAGCACCACUGGGUUGUAUUCAUGCUGCUUUUAUUUUCAUUAUGACUAUGUACACACAGCUUUAUAAUCGGCUCUCUUUCGGGUGGAACACGGUGAGGAUUGACAUGAGUGCAGCCCGGAGAGAUCCGCUCCCAAUUGUUCCCUUUGGAUUAGCUGCAUUUGCUGCCACCUUGUUUGCCUUGGGAUUAGCUAUAGGAACAACUAUAGCUGUUGGGAUGUUGUUUUUUAUCCAGAUGAAAACAAUUCUCAGAAACAAAACUUCUAUUGAAUCAUGGAUUGAAGAGAAGAUAGAACAGCUGAAACAAAAAGCAGAUAAGAGAGUCAGAAGUGUUCGCUAUAAAGUCAUAGAAGAUUAUAGUGGAGCCUGCUGUCCUUUGAAUAAAGGAAUCAAGACCUUCUUUACAAGCCCCUGCACUGAAGAGCCUCGAAUAAGGCUAAAGAAAGGGGAGUUCAUUUUAGCCACAAGAGGCUUACGAUACUGGUUGUAUGGAGACAAACUUCUCGAUGAUUCCUUUAUAGAAGGUGUUUCAAGAAUGAGGGGAUGGUUCCCUAGAAACUGUGUGGAAAAGUGUCCCUGUGAUGCCGAAACAGAUCAAGCCCCAGAGGGUGAGAAGAAAAAUAGAUAGCCACUGUUAAAGUAAAAUAAUUCUGUAAGCCCACUCCAUUACUUGAAAAUUGUACAUAUUACUAAAGAAUUAUGCAAUGAGCCUACUCCGGUCAAGGUGUUCCUUUCCUCAAAGGUGCCCUAGUGCCAUGAUUUAAAUAUUUUUAUUACCAUUUUGAAAUGGAGAAGCCAUUCUGCAUACACCUUUGAAUUCCUAUCCCUCCUUACCACCUCUCCCUCCCCACCAAAGGAAAGGCACUUCACCCAAGUAAGUUAAUUGCAUUUUCUCUAGGGUUUUUUUAAUGCACUGCACACCAUGGACCUCACCUGCAGAUAGAGUUCCCUCUUUUCCAGGAGCGUCUGCAUGUGAUGCUUUUAUUCUGUCUUCCCCUCAAUUGAUAUUUCUUAUAUUCUAGACUAUAGAAUUUAAUUUGUCCAAUUCAAUAUAAGCUCAAAUUUUGUUACCUGUCUUUUAAUAAUGAAGAUUUUGUCAAAUCAAAUAAAGAUUGAUGGAUGUUCUGUAUAAAUCAUGGUUUUUACAUAAAGCAUUUUUCUUUUUGCUGAUGAAAAAGGCUUUGUCUUAGUUCUUUGUAGAAAAACUGCUACUCUGCAACCCUGUGACAGAUUGGCAUCUUGAAUCAUGAGUGUUAAAACAUACAUACUCACUUCAAUUUGUGAACCCCCUAGUGGCGUAACAGUUAAGCACUUGGCUACUAACCAAAAGAUUGGCAGUUCGAACUCAUCAGCUGCUCCACAGGGGAAAGAUAUGGCAGUCUGCUUCCGUAAAGAUUACAGCCUAGGAAACCUUUGGGGCAGUUCUGCUCUAUCUUGCGGUCACUAUGAGUUGGAAUCAACUUAACAGCAACAGGUAUACAUGGUAUACUAAGGUCACAGCUUCUAAGAGGCUUUCAAUCUAGUGAGUCAAGUUGCCCAUGUAUGCUUGAAUAUAUCAAAAACUGAAACUUGUGGGAGUGAAAUGUUAGAAUCCAAACUGGUGGCCUUGGAUACUUAAAGUCAGGAUUAUCUAAACACAUGAGUAGAAUUACAGAAAGAAAGCCCAUUCCUCUGGACUUCAGUACACUAUUCCAGGAUUUAUUAAUUCUUUCCAAGGCAGGGGACUUGAAACUGCAGGGACUAGGACAGGAGAAGGGCACUAGGAGAUUCAACAGUGAAGGAAGCAUGACGACCCCAUUCAUGGGGAGAGGAGAGGGGUGCAAGACAAGUAAAAUCGAUUCAGAUGGAGUAAUGUAUUAUAAAGAAAGAAGGGACUGUCUUACGGAGGUGACACUGAAGCAAGGUGACGGGACAGGUCAUGAGCCUCUGGGGGUAUCUGUGUUUUAGGCACAGGGAACAACACAACAAACACUGAGACUAGGAUGUGCCCAGCAUGUUUGUGAAGAGCUGGAAGAUAGCCAGUUGGAAUGAGUAAGGGGGGAAUAUGAGGAAGGAAAUAAUAGGGGGCUAGACCGUGUAGGGACCUGUAAAGUAAUUCCUACCUUCUCUUUUAUUUCGGAUACUCAAGGGUAGACCUUUCUUCAGCUAUUCUAGGCUCAGGGUCUAGAAAGACCAUCUAGGAACAUUCUCUUAUCUCCAGUUAGAAGCCAGAAAGGAACACUAUUCAAGAUUACUUAGCGUAUACCGAGGAUGGUAUAAGAAAACAUGAAUUGUUCUCAGUUGGAGUAUUGGCUCUGCUGGCAUUUGUUUUUAUUCACAGCUGUGGGAUAAGAAGACAUGGUCUGCUCAACUUAGUUUAUGUCUUAGUCUCUUAAUUCUGCUAUAACAGAUAAACCACAAGUGGAUGGCUCUAACAAAGAGAAAUUUAUUUUC